AUGGGGAUUCCCAUCCAUGAGACUGGGAGGCAGUACCCAGCAGGACGCUUCUGUUUGCAGGCACCCCGUCCAUCUACAGGCCCUCACAAGCUGAGGGAGUGUCUUCCACUCAUCAUCUUCCUGCGGAACAGGCUGAAGUAUGCCCUGACAGGAGAUGAGGUCAAGAAGAUCUGCAUGCAGAGGUUCAUCAAGAUAGAUGGCAAAGUCCGUACAGACAUCACCUACCCUGCAGGCUUCAUGGAUGUCAUCAGCAUUGAGAAGACAUGCGAGCAUUUCCGCCUGGUGUACGACACCAAGGGCCGCUUUGCUGUUCACCGCAUCACACCUGAGGAGGCCAAGUACAAGCUGUGCAAGGUGAGGAAGAUCUUUGUGGGCACCAAAGGAAUCCCUCAUCUGGUCACCCACGAUGCCCGCACCAUCCGCUAUCCAGACCCCCUUAUCAAGGUGAAUGAUACGGUCCAAAUUGACCUGGAGACAGGCAAGAUCACAGAUUUCAUCAAGUUUGACACAGGUAAUCUCUGUAUGGUGACUGGCGGUGCCAACUUGGGUCGUAUUGGGGUGAUCACCAACCGGGAGAGACACCCCGGGUCGUUCGACGUGGUUCAUGUGAAGGACGCCAAUGGCAAUAGCUUUGCCACCAGGCUCUCCAACAUCUUUGUUAUUGGCAAAGGCAACAAGCCGUGGAUCUCCCUGCCCCGUGGAAAGGGCAUCCGCCUGACCAUUGCUGAGGAGAGGGACAAGAGACUGGCGGCCAAGCAGAGCAGCGGGUGAACGCCAGCUCAGGCCACCGCGGUCCUGUCUGUUAAUUAAACCGUUUUACCAAA